AUGCCCGGUACGUUGAACCUGGCUACCAUGUGUUACGUGGUCGGUGUGCCGUACAAGGAAACCUUAAGCGUAUGGGACCGCGCACAUGUCGUCGGAAUCGAUAUUCCUCCUGAUUCAAAAUUUAGCUCCGAAGAAGGUGUGGAAGUGCUUUUGAAUCUUGCCAGGAAUGGGUUCCUACACCAACCAACAAGAGUCUACCUGUUCGGUCUGUUCGAGAUGGGCAAGCAGAGAGAGUUUUGGGUCUUCGACGGGUCGGGAGUCUACCGAUCGGGGUUAUUACUCGAUCAGUAUGGAAAGAUGACUGAGCUUGAGCUUGGCAACAAUUCUUUUAUCAAGCAAGAGUUCGGUGAACCCCAGUAUAUCUACAUUAAGGGCGAUGAGUCCCAAAUGGCGCCUUACGAGUCCGAUCACAAUAGGGGAUACAAACUUGUCCUCGACAAAAGACCUCUCUCACGCCCUGACGAUAUUGUCAGUGUAAGGGCGACUUGGUAUCGCGCCACAGACAAAUUCAACAACAAGUUUGUCAUCAGAUUUUCCGGAAGGAAACAAAACCAAAAUGAGAAAAAGUUCCUGCGUCGAACUAAGGAGCGUAAUGUCUGGGGCAUCACGCAUCCCAUCGACUAUCGAUUUAUCGAGGCCAGGAGGCUAUCUUGUAUAGUCAUGUCUCCCUUUGGUCUCCCAAUCACCCACUAUCGCACUGACUUGGAGGUUCUCGAGUGCAUGCGUGACACGAUCAGGGCUCACCGAUCGUUGUAUAUAGAUGCCAAGACUCUCCAUCGGGAUAUCUGCUUACACCACUUCUUUAUCUGUAAACCCAAAGAGAAUAGCCCAGACGCUCCCAAAAGAAUUCUCAUCGCAAUCGGUGGACAUCGGGGGCUAUUUGACGAAAGUCGAUUGAAGCCGUGGCAGGGCGGGCUCGAGGAAUGGUCAGAAAUCGCUGAGAAGAAGACAAAGGAUAUUUCCAGCAACGACAACUUUGCUAUCAUCGUUGCCGAGUUUCGCCAUGAGUUCAAGGGUCUAGAGUCUGGCUUAUGCACUUCGCGAUAUGCUCUUCUUCCCUGA